AUGGCGCAGUCGGUAGGAUUCUCCACAUUUUUGACGGUCGAUGCCUUAGUUUUGACUAAAUUGACUUCAAAUCUACCGUCUAACUCGAUUGAUAUCUCGAUUUUGGACUAUAUUUGCAACUUGGAUCUGGCAGACCCUGGAUUUAACUUCUCUUGUGCUGUUGACGUGAUUCUUGGGGCUGAUAAGGUUUGGUCUAUCUUGAAAACAGAACAAGUUGCUGGAUCUUCAGGUAAACCUAUCGCUCAAAAUAUUUCCUUCGGAUGGGUUAUCACUGGAGAGUUCUUUGAUCCAACCUCUUGUAAUUUCGAAUUAUCGUCAUAUCAUUCUGCUCUUGACUUGGAUGCUCUUCUCCAACGAUUUUGGGAGCUAGAGCAUAUCUCUUCUCACAAUUCGUUUGAUGCCUUUAAUGAUCCAGUUGAAAAACACUUCCAACAAACAUUUAGUCGCGCUUCCGACGGAAAAUACGUGGUUGCGCUUCCUUUUAAAACUCCUUUACCAAAAUUUGAAGGUACAAUGCAGUCGGCGGUUUCACGGCUGUAUUCGAUUGAGCGUCGAUUCCAAAAACAUCCUGAAUUGAAUGCCGUUUUUAAGCCGGACAGUUCGACAACGAAACUUCGCGUCGUGUUUGAUGGGUCUGUCAAAGACUCAAAUGGACAGUCGUUGAAUAGCAAGUUGUUAAUCAGUCCGUCUGUACAACGUGAUCUAAUUGCUGUUUGUCUACGGUUUGGGCAACAUCGUUAUGUGUUUACCGCCGACAUUGUCACAUUGAACAUUAUCGGCUACGAACCUUAUGAAAAGAAAAUAACAGCUUCAGAUCCUCAUCAUCGUCGCCGUCAUCGCAGUCGUCGCCGUCAUCGCAGUCGUCGCCGUUGUGGUCGUGAACUCAACUCUAUCUCCUUGCAAUCAAUUGGUACAAGGUCAAAGACUCACAAUGCUCAGACAUCUCCGGCAUCAAAUGCCCAAAAUUGUAGGAAAUGUACUGAGCCUGAUAGUAUGGCGCCAAUGGUAGAAUGUGGCACCUGUUUUAAUUGGUUUCAUUUCCCAUGCGUGGGGGUUACAGAAGAGGUAGAAAGCAUAGAUUGGCACUGCGGCGAAUGUGUUAGUAAGCUUCAAGCAAUACAGGAUUCAACCUCAAAGGAGAAAUCCACAACUAAUGCUGCCGCUUCAGGCGUCGAAGUUCAACCAUCCUCGCAGGAUGAUUCCGUAGAUGAUCAUACUCCAGUGAAGGGUCUAUGUAAGCCGGUCGAAAAAGCUAAGCACAACAAAAAAGCAACAAGGAGCAAUGGUUCAAUUGCAACAAAAGCAUCAAGUGCAAAUAGAGUCAAGUUACAACUUCAGAAACUGGAAGAAGAGCGAAAACUUCAAGCAAAGCGUGAUAAGGAAUACAUUGACAAAAAAUAUGCAAUUCUUGAACAAUGUUCCAUAGAUGACGAAAAAGAUUCAGUUGUGAGUGCACAUUCCGUCAGUGAUCGCGUUUAUGAGUGGGUAAUGAAAUCGAAUUUGCAGGAAGUGACAUGUGAAAAUAAGAAAAAUACGCAGAACAAUUUCCAUGAUGGCAAGUUGGACAACGGGCGAGGUGAAAAGGAAAAAUAUACCGAGUUAGAUGUGACAACUAGUCCAGCACCAGAAUUAAACAAAGCUCAAAUCGCAGCAAGACAGUUCAUGUCAAAAGAACAAGUUCAGUUCUCUGGGCGACCUGAAGAGUGGCCUCUUUUCAUUAGUUGGUGGAAUAAUUCAUCAAAGGUGUGUGGAUUCAGCAACAAUGAGAAUAUGCUAAGGCUACAACGGUGUUUGAAAGGAAAGGCUCUUGAAGCAGUACAAUUCAGACUUCUUCAUCCAGAUCAGGUCGAGGGGGUGAUAAAAACAUUGAAAAUGCUAUUUGGUAGGCCCGAGAUAAUUAUUCAGUCGCUUUUGCAGAAGGUAAGAAAUGAACCUGCACCUAAACAUGACAAGUUAGAAACUAUAAUACACUUCUCACUCGAGGUAGAUAAUAUGUGUCGCAUGAUGGAGGUUACAGGUCUUUCUGCUCAUCUCAACAAUCCUUGUUUACUUCAGGAACUGGUAGAGAAGCUGCCAGCACAAAUAAAACUUAAUAGGGGUAUGUUUAAACAGACUAUUUCUUGUGCCGAUUUGUCGGUGUUCAACGAUUGGAUCGCGAAGUAUGCAGCAGCUGCGUCAGAGGUUACGGUGACAGUUCCUUACUCAUUCGAACAGAAAACAAAUAAAAGGACAAAAGCUAUUAUCAACAUUCAUCAAGAAGAAAAGCCUCAAGAUGAUAAUAAGUGUCCUGCAUGCAAGGGUGAUUGUAAAUCGCUAUCUUCAUGCCAAAAAUUUGUGCAGAUGACUUUGCAAGAUAAAUGGAAGUUGAUUAAAACUGGUUACAUCUGUCGAAUAUGCUUACGCAAACAUGGCAAUCGUCGUUGCAUGUCAUCACAGCUUUGCGGUGUUAAUGGAUGCACCUAUCGACAUAAUUCGCUUCUUCAUAACAGCGAAGUUCAACUGAAAGUCAGAAACAACGGUGAUGUGCGAACAAACCAUCCAACCUCAAACAACAAUGGCGUUCAGAACACCCACUACAGUGGUACAAUCAUUCGUCCAAGUGCUUCUCUUACUCUUUUCAAGAUCGUUCCGGUGAAGUUACACUACAACAACAAAUCUUUAGAUACGUUCGCCUUCAUAGAUGAUGGAUCGUCAGUAACUCUCGUUGAUGAAGAAUUAGCAUUCGCACUCGGUGCCAAUGGUGAAACAGAACCUUUGUGCUUAAGGUGGACUGCAAACACCCAUCGCCGGGAGGACUCAUCCAUGAAGAUUACUUUUGAAAUAUCAGCCCAAGACAGCAAUCAUAAAUACUUGCUCCCAAGUGCACAUACAGUCAAAUCAUUAGAUCUUCCAAGACAGACACUGGACAUAAGCAGCCUGAUGCAACAGUACGCACACCUGAAGGGAUUACCAAUAAAAUCAUAUUGGAAUGCGAAGCCUCAAAUCCUGCUCGGUCUUCAACACUGGCGAUUGGGAAUGCCUCUGAAAAAUAGGGAGGGUGAUGAAUCUCAGCCGGCAGCAAUAAAAACAAGGUUAGGGUGGACUCUUUUUGGUGUUUCAUCGGUUGGUACUGAACUAAAUAAAGAAGUUGAAGCAAAAAUUAACAUUCAUCUUUGUGAAUGUCAAAAUGAGAUGGAUUCACAGAUGCAUGAAACAGUAAAGCAAUAUUUCGCAUUAGAGAGUAUAGGCACUAGGCCUACUAAGCGAAGACUCUCGGACGAAGAUUAUAAAGCAAUGCAACUACUGGAAGAAAAAACUAUUUUCUUGGGUGAUAGUUAUGCCGUUCCGCUGUUGUGGAAAUAUGAGAACAUCCAGUUGCCGGACUCGAAGCCCAUGGCAGAAAAAAGAUUACGCUGUCUCGAAAGACGUCUUCUUCACCAACCUCAACUCGUUGAACGGGUCAAUAAGCAAAUCGAAGAAUAUCUGAAGAAAGGAUACGCAAGGAAGCUAAAUGAUUAUGAGGUGAAUAAUUCAAAGACACGAUCCUGGUAUUUACCUAUAUUUCCGGUCCUGAAUCCAAAUAAGCCUGAUAAGUUGAGGAUUGUCUGGGAUGCGGCGGCGAAAGUCGAAGGGGUAUCUUUGAACUCGUGUUUAAUAACAGGACCAGAUGAUGUACCAUCGCUGCCAUCCGUCUUAUUUCGAUUUCGUGAAAAGAAGAUCGCUAUAACAGGUGACAUACGCGAGAUGUUCCAUCAAGUGAAGAUUCUUGAGGAUGAUAAAAACGCUCAAAGGUUCUUGUGGCGUAAUAUUGAAGACGGAAAUAUUGAGGUGUAUCAGAUGCAGGUUAUGACAUUUGGGUCUACUUGUUCACCUUUUUGCGCCCAAUACAUAAAAAAUAAAAACGCAAAAAAAUUUGAGAUGCAGUUUCCAAGGGCAACAAAGGCGAUCAUUGAAAACCACUAUGUGGACGAUUUGUUAGACAGCGUAGACACCGAAGAAGAGGCAAUAGCCUUGGUAAAAGACGUGAUACACAUCCACAAGCAUGCGGGGUUUGAAAUCAGAAAUUUCGUUUCCAACUCUUCAAACGUUUUAAACGCUCUACAGUCCAAAGCUUCAAAUGCUAACAAAUCCUUUACAAAUUACGCUCAAAAUGACUUUGAAAAGCUCCUAGGUAUGUGGUGGUCUCCAAGCACAGAUAUGUUCGUUUACACAUUCAAGUCAAGCAAAAUGCAGAAUGACGUUAUGAACGGCACACAAAUUCCAACGAAACGAGAGGUACUAAGAGCCCUCAUGUGCGUCUUUGACCCUCUUGGUCUUAUUGCAAACUUCACAAUUCAGCUAAAAAUCAUCCUGCAAGAAAUUUGGCGGUCAGGAAUAGGGUGGGACGAGAAGAUAAAAGAUCGGCAGUUCCAAAAAUGGAAAAUAUGGUUGAGCCUGAUUCCUAAAAUAAAAGACGUAUCAAUUAACAGAAGAUAUCUCACAAAUGUACAUUUUGGAACUGGAAGUCGUGUUGAGUUACAUAUAUUCGUGGACGCGGGUGAAGAAGCUAUUGCCGCGGUAGCCUAUAUCAGAGUUUCCACUCAAAGCGAUGUUGAAUGUUCACUUAUCAGCGCCAAAACGAAGGUAGCUCCAAUAAAGACACUCUCAAUACCUCGGCUAGAGCUAGAAGCGGCCGUGUUAGGAGUACGACUCUCUAAAAUUAUCAAAAAUGGUCACACAGUUCAAUUUGAAAGUUUAACCUUUUGGACAGAUUCCCAAGUCGUUCUCAGUUGGAUAAAAUCCAGCAAAAAAUACAAAAGUUUCGUAGCCGUCCGUAUCGGAGAGAUACUCGAAAGUUCAGAUGCAAGUGAUUGGAAUUGGGUUUCCAGCAAAGACAACGUCGCCGACGAUGCCUCAAAAUAUAAAAGCAACUAUGAUUUCAGCUCUUCAGGCAGAUGGUUUACGGCACCGGAGUUCCUGUACCAAAACCCAUUUCCUCUAUCAGAAAAAUUCUCUGAAGACCUUACAUCUGAAAAAGGCAAUGAAGAGGUUAAGGAAUGUUUUCUUCACUUCGAAAAGCCAUCUGCAUCAGUAUUAGACUUCAACCGUUUUUCGAGAUGGAAAAGCCUUCUAAAGACACAAAUAUUUAUCUAUCGAUAUGUCAAACUAUUUGUCCUUAAAUGGCGAAAACCUUGCAGACCAUCAGUAUUCCAACUAGACGAGAAGGAAGCAGCUAAGAUUCUCCUCUACAAACAAGCUCAGAAAGACAGCUUUCCAAUCGAGUAUGAAGCCCUAGCUAUCGCAACAAGUUCCGGGAAUGAGGUCAACAUUGGCAAAACCAGUCCGCUCUAUACUCUCUCUCCAUACUUAGACGAAAAUGGACUUAUUCGUAUUGCGGGAAGAAUCGAUGCGAUAAAAAAUGUACCAUCGGAAACUAAAAGACCGAUCAUUCUACCGAAGGAUCAUCAAGUCACCUACCUGAUCGUAAACGAAUUUCAUAUAAAAUUUUGUCAUCUUUUUAACGAAACCGUGGUGAACGAGCUUAGACAGUAUUACUUCAUUCCCAGCUUGAGACGUGUUCUAAAAAAAGUUCAAAGAGGUUGCCAGCACUGCAAAAACAACAGAGCCGCGCCGCAGCCCCCACGCAUGGCAGAACUACCACCCGCUCGACUUCAACCAUUCCAAAGACCAUUCUCAUACACAGGAGUGGAUUACUUCGGGCCACUCUUUGUUAAAAUCGGAAGGCGCCUAGACAAGAGAUGGGGUAUGUUACUUACUUGCCUAACUCUACGAGCAAUCCACAUCGAGAUUGUCCACAGCCUUUCCAGUGAUUCUUGCAUAUUGGCUUUUAAGCGGUUUAUCUCAAGAAGAGGUAUGCCAAAAGAAGUAUACUCCGACAAUGGAACAAAUUUUCGAGGUGCCAGUAAAGAGUUGCAGCAGGCCAUAAGAGACUUAAACAAACAUGCAGUAGCCAAAGAAUUUGAAUUGGAUCUGAAGUGGAACUUCAUUCCGCCAGCAGCACCCCACAUGGGUGGGUGUUGGGAACGCAUGGUUAGAUCUGUUAAACAAACCCUUACUGAAAUAUCGCCAACUCGCAAUCCUUGCGACGAACUAUUAGUGAGUAUGAUGGCGGAGGUAGAGAGCAUUGUGAAUUCGCGACCCCUUACCUAUGUACCAAUUGAUUUUGAAAGUAGUGAAGCACUUACCCCCAAUCAUUUAUUGAUCGGUUGUUCUAAUCAAGAACGACUCCACGCAGAGCCAAUACGUGACGGAGCAGCUAUCAGAAGAAAUUGGAUAGCCGCUGAAAAGUACGCACAAUCAUUUUGGCAAAGAUGGCUUCGCGAAUACUUACCCGAUUUGACCCGACGGACAAAAUGGUUUAAACCACAGAGGCAGUUGCAAGAAGGAGAUAUUGUAGUUAUCGUAGACUACAACAGUCCAAGAAAAACCUGGCCAAAGGGUAAGAUUCUUAAAGUGAUACCUGGAAAAGAUGAUACUGUUCGGAGCGCAAUUGUACAAACCCAAACAGGGAUUUAUACUCGCCCAGCUGUUAAGCUUGCAGUCCUUGAGGUUCACCAGUUCGAUGGAAGUGAAAGUAGCAAUAGUACCACCAGCGAUGACAGCAACAUCAACAACAACAACAGUAUCAAUGACAGCAGUAGCAGCAGCAGUAACAACAACUAUAAUAACAACAACACCAACAAUCAUAAAAGAGACGAGGAGGAGGUAAUGAAUAACUUUGUGCAGUCACAGAAGAGUUUAUUUUACAACUUUUUGUAUUAA